CUUUUCAAAUCCGAUUUCAACAACGAACGAAAAACAAAGCAACAUUGCCAAACGGAAGAUCCCUUUCUUUGCCGAGUAUCCUGGAAUUUUAACUCAAAAAUCAAUAUUUAAUAUCGUUGUUACAAGUGUUAUUUCAUUGAGUACACAGUGCUUGUUACUUGAGAGGAUUGUUACAGUCGUUUGUGUUACAAAAUGAGCGCAAAGGACAUCUAUUACUCGGAUAAAUAUUACGACGAUGAAUACGAAUACAGACACGUCGUCUUACCAAAGGAUAUUGCCAAACUUGUUCCCAAAACACACCUCAUGACAGAAAACGAGUGGCGAGCAAUCGGAGUGCAGCAAUCGAGAGGCUGGAUUCACUACAUGAUCCACCAACCGGAACCCCACAUCUUGCUUUUCCGACGAGCCGUAACGAAAGACUAAAAUUGAUUAGGAAUCACAAAACUCGCUAUGCUCCUCCUCAAAAAUCCAUUCAUUCAACCCUAUUGCAGGUCAGUUGCGAACUUACCAGAAAAAAUAAUCAUUGAAAGGCUCUGGCAAGGUAUAACGAAUCUCUAUCUUUCUCUAGCCUCUUCCCCAUUCCAUUGUGUCUAGCCGAGAUUUGAUGUGGAGCGCUGGUGCUUCGCUAGAUUUUAAGAAUCUGAAAUUUCUUUUCAAGAGAAAUCACCUUCAAGCUACCUGUAUUGUUCAGUAAUCUAAGAUAGCAAAACAGAUCAAACACUCUCUAAGAAAAGUGACGGAUCAUGUGGCCAAAAGAAAACUCAGCGGCAGUUCAAGGAUUAACUUUAGUAAUGAAGAAUGCGAAACUUGUACAGAAUGUGUGUCUUGAGUGUUUUUAUAUGAAAUAGUUCGUAUCGUCGCAGAAAACUUGUUUGGCAGCCAAAGUAAACCCGAACAUGAAAGCCAGGCAGAACGGUUCGUUUAAGAGUGCAUAUGUGUGCCUUUCCAAUUCAAUGAACUCUUUCAAACUUAUGGAAAACAAAAUACCACGGAACAAAUCGAAACCUUUAAUGUAGAUUAGCGAUUAACAAAUAUUAUACACUUUACCUAA